CCCGGGCGCGCACGGCGUUCGGGGCCGGGACGUCACCUCCCUGAAAGUUGGAGGAGUCUCCUGGGGGCCUGGCGGCUUUCCGGGGCGGGACCCCGAGGCCCGGGUCUCCCCGAAGGGAUUGACCCCCUCCCCCCGAGUGGGGGGCGUUCGGCGCUCGCUGUUGCGGGACUUGAAGUCCCCCCACUUCUGCUUCGGGAGAAGGAGUCGCAUUUUGUGAAAAAGUCACAAAGAAGAAGUUUCUUCAAGGAUCCUAUCUAAGUGCACUUUUUGUUGAUACGUCGUUUCUAAUCUUAAAGAAAAUUUCAGCAGUAGCCCUGGGACUAGAAGCUGCAGUAACAGAAGCCGUGUAUGAUGCAUUAGGCUAUUGAAGAAAAGUAAUUUUUGAAUUAAAUAUUUGGAAUAUAAGGGAGGAAAGGUGACCGAAAAUGGGGCGGAAGAAAAUACAAAUCACACGCAUAAUGGAUGAAAGGAACCGACAGGUCACGUUUACGAAGAGGAAGUUCGGGCUGAUGAAGAAAGCCUAUGAGCUCAGCGUGCUCUGUGACUGCGAGAUCGCGCUCAUCAUCUUCAACAGCUCCAACAAGCUGUUCCAGUACGCCAGCACCGACAUGGACAAGGUGCUGCUCAAGUACACCGAGUACAACGAGCCGCACGAGAGCAGGACCAACUCGGACAUUGUCGAGGCUCUGAACAAGAAGGAGCACCGAGGGUGCGACAGCCCAGACCCCGAUACUCCCUAUGUGCUAACGCCACACACAGAAGAGAAGUAUAAAAAAAUUAAUGAGGAAUUUGAUAAUAUGAUGCGGAAUCAUAAAAUCGCACCGGGGUUGCCGCCUCAGAACUUCUCCAUGUCCGUCACGGUCCCCGUGAGCAGCCCGAACGCGCUGUCCUACACCAGCCCCGGGAGCGGCCUGGUGUCCCCGGCCUUGGCCGCCGGCUCCGCGUUGGCGGACUCGGGCAUGCUCUCCCCGCCGCAGGCCGCGCUGCACAGGACCGUGUCCCCCGGCGCCCCGCCGCGGCCGCCCAGCACUGGCAGUGCGGGUGGGAUGCUGAGCUCGUCGGACCUCACGGUGCCCAAUGGAGCCGGGAGCAGCCCUGUCGGGAAUGGCUUUGUAAACUCAAGAGCUUCUCCAAAUUUAAUUGGAACUACGGGUGCGAAUAGCUUAGGCAGAGUUAUGCCUACAAAGUCUCCCCCCCCUCCAGGUGGCGGCAAUCUUGGCAUGAACAGUCGAAAACCAGACCUUCGCGUCGUCAUCCCUCCGUCCAGCAAGAGCAUGAUGCCCCCCCUGUCGGAGGAAGAGGAGUUGGAGCUGAGCGCCCAGCGGAUCAGCAGCUCGCAGGCCUCGCAGCCCCUCGCCACCCCCGUGGUGUCCGUGACGACGCCCAGCCUGCCCCCGCAGGGGCUCGUGUACUCGGCCAUGCCCACCGCCUAUAACACAGAUUACUCGCUGACCAGCGCGGACCUGUCGGCCCUGCAGGGCUUCAACUCGCCGGGCAUGCUGUCGCUGGGCCCGGUGUCCGCCUGGCAGCAGCACCACCUGGGCCAGGCCGCCCUCAGCUCCCUGGUGUCCGGCGCGCAGCUGUCUCAGGGCUCGAGCCUCUCCAUCGCCAACCAGAACGUCAGCAUCAAGUCGGAGCCCGUCUCCCCCCCUCGGGACCGCGUGACCCCGUCGGGCUUCCAGCAGCAGCAGCCGCCGCCGCCGCCGCCGCCCGCCCAGCCCGCGCAGCCCCCCCAGCCGCGGCAGGAAGUGGGGCGCUCCCCCGUGGACAGCCUGAGCAGCUCCAGCAGCUCCUACGACGGCAGCGACCGGGAGGACCCGCGGGGGGACUUCCACUCCCCGGUGGUGCUGGGCCGGCCCCCCAACACCGAGGACCGAGAAAGCCCGUCGGUGAAGCGCAUGCGGAUGGACACGUGGGUGACCUAGGCCCGCGGCCGGCGAGUGUGACCGCAGUGCACCGCCCGCGCCGCGGGGGGUCGGACCGGAGGUAACGCUAUUUAUAUGUACAUACAGACGGGUCCGUCCGCCGCCUGUGUGUGUAUGUGUGUGUGUGUGUGUGGCCGUGCGUUGCUGACAGAACCCGCCCUUCCUGCCGACGCCUCCGCCUGCAGACGUGGUGCGGGCGCCCGGGCUCCGUGUUUCCGGAGACAGUUUCGCGGAGAAACGCGCGCCCGUCGGCAGCCCUCUCGCCGGGCCCGAGAAACGCUUCGUAGACAGAGCAGCGCAGGCACCAGAAAGCAAUACUGUACAUAGUGUCACCCUCCUCCCCGCAUGGGCUCUGCGAGGGGUGCAUGGGGGGCCGUCCAGUCAAACAAACCCCACGCCUAACCGUGUUGCACGCGCAAGUGUAUCGGGUCAGAGAAGUGAUCUUAGCCAAUAAGAGACUAGAAACGCAUGAGACCUGCCGAAAACCCUAGCCUAGAGAGAUAGAGCAUUAACGGAGUAAAGUAAUAUAUUAAGUUAUAAUUGGACUAUGUCAGAAGUUUCUUUACAGUCGUAUCUUAAAAAUUAAAGAAACGGAUUUUAGCUCAUGUAUAUUUUAUAUGAAAGAAAACACCCUUAUGAAUUGAUGACUAUAUAUAAAAUUAUAUUCACUACUUUUGAAAACAUCCUGCUAUGAAUUAUUUAUAUAAGCCAAAGCUGUAUGUUUUAAUUUUUUUUUUUUUAAAUAGCUUUAUCUUGUUUUAACUUUUUAGUUUUAUUCUAAGAGGGGAAAAUACCUUGCAAGCAGAACCUUGGGGGAAAAAAAGCCAUGAACACUUAUUAUUCUAUAUAUAAAUUAAAAGUUGAGCCAAACUUUCUGUACAUAGCAUCUUAAAUAUAUUAUCACCUUCAAUGUAAGUACCUAUGUAUUGUAUGGUCACCAGAUUAAAAGUAUAUUUUUGUGGAUUUGCCGCCAAUCUGGGGGACAAGGCGAGAUCCGUAAGUAGAGUGCUCACUGUUGAGUGCUCCCUAUUUUGUUAAAUAUACUGUACUUUGGGUUCUAAUUACUGGCCCAGUCUCUGCGGGACUGUGCGCGGGUCCUCCCCGGUGGUGAGUGUGUGCUGUUGCAUUGUAAUCCGUGUGCUGUAUGGGUUGAGCAGCAUUCUAUAUUUUAUAUGUGUACAUAAAUAGCAAAGUGGCAAAAGUGGUGUUAAGUUCAUCCUGCAUAAAUGGAAAAUUUGUAACAGAUUUUACAAGGCAUUCUUUAAAAAUAUAGAAAAUGCUGACCUGAUAGACAGAGAAAGUGGCCAUGUCAAGGUGCACCAAGGUUUCCCACGUGGAAACGGUGAGGGCCGCGCCGUGGGGGCAGGUCCUCUCUCCGGACCCCUCCAGUGGCCCGACAUGGCUGGUUACGGAGACGCCCGUCCUAGCUCCACCGGGAAACGCCCCUUCUGGGGGGAUUCGGGUGCAGAUCGGGGCUCGGCCCGUCACCCCGAGGUCAGUGCACCCUCAGCUGGGGUUUGACCACAGCCCUCCUCUCCCAGGAAUGGGGGUCCCAAGUCCCGGGCUGGUGCCAUGAACGAAAUUCCAAGUCCUGUAAUGUAUGUCCAUCUACCAACGGUUUUAAUAUGACUUUUCCCGAGAAACUCCAAUAGGGUUCACAAACGCUGCUAUUUUCUAUCUGACACUUACUGGGAGCAGCUGCCUCUGUCCCUGCAUGUCUAUCCCCCUCAAGUGCACCCAGGCCAAAAAGGGAGAGUGAGGUGCUCUCUCCUCCGUCUACACACAGGGCUCAUUCGGAAAGGACUCGCUUUUCUUGAAAACGUCCUCAUCUUUCUGACCGACUCACUCACAGGCACAUCCAUAACGCCACCCCUAACUGAGACAAGACAGCCCCUCACUACCACCCGAGCGGGGCCGUGGGAGGCGCCCGCCCCGCUCUGCAUGUCCACGGCCGCCCGCCGCACACGGGGCGGGAGCCCCCGCACAUUGACUGUCUUUCUUGUGUGCCUUACGAGACGGCUUCCCGACUGUCCGCUAGUCUUUCUUCCUAUGCAGGUUUCUGACCCGGAACCCGCUCCCCUAGAACACGGCCCCGCCAGGCUCGGAGUCUGUACGGCAGCGGUUCUCAACCUUCCUGAUCCGCGACCCUUUCAUACAGCUCCUCACGUUGUGGUCACCCCCAACCAUAAAAUUAUUUUCGUUGCUACUUCAUCACUGUCAUUUUGCUGCUGUUAUGAAUCAUCAUGUAAAUAUCUGAUAGGCAGGAUGUAUUUUCAUGGUUACAGACUGAACAUAAAGCAUAGUGAUUAAUCACAAAAAUAUGUAAUUAUCUGUGUUUUCCGAUGGUCUUAGGUGACCCCUGUGAAAGGGUCGUUCGACCCCCAAAGGGUCGCGACCCACAGGUUGAGAACCGCUGCUGUCCAGCAACCACAGCCACAAUCAUAUGACCAGGGGGCGAGGGGCUGCGCUUCCAGGAACCGAAUCUAGACUGUUACCCCUUGUCCCACACGCAGUGACGGGAGCAUGACACUCCUCACCACGAUGCCACGUACGAACACGCCUCCUGGUGGGCGCCACCCCGACUGGGCAGGACACUAGCGGGGUCGCUCAGCACCUCCAUUUCUUACCCUUUUAAACGCGUGGGUUUUGUAUGACACCAUCACCAGAAAACACACCCAUCCCGAGGAAGUAUUUUAUUACUAAAAACAAAAACAAAAAAAGCUUCGCGUGAAUUGCACUGGCCGGGACAGCUUCCAGCCCUGUCCUUCCCUCAGGACCCUCACCCAGGGAGGGCGGGGUCCCCAUCCACCGUCACAUGGCCCCACCCCGACGCCAUCUCCUGAGCCCUAAGGACGUCCACUGCGUUAGAGGCUAAAUCAGGGUUUGUUCUAAGGAACACCGAUCACCGAUCACUGUCUCCCUUCCCUAGGGCUCCCCCUCAGGCACCCACACGUUUCCGCACGAACCAUCCCGCACAAGACACACGGUGAGCAGGAAGCGGGGCUCCGGGCCCGGGAGCCAGGGAGCUGGCCGCUGUGAGAAUGUGAAAAGGGGUUUACAAAUGCAACACUUCCCUCUCUCUGUAGAAACUCCCUUCACUUUGCUGUGCGAGAAGACACUGCUUUGCUAUAUUUAAAACGGCUUUUUUACAAGAGAUUUAUGUCUUUGGUAAAUGUUUGUAGUCACCAGGUCACGCGACGCUGUACGCGGUUUGAUCAUGUGAACCGUUUGGCGGCACAAGCUGGACUUUGUUGCCAUCCUGCGAUGAAAAAUAAGUUAACCUGUUUCCCUGACGUGUUUUCUUCCUUAUUCAAUAAACAUGACAGUGACCUUUUUAUCAAA